CCUCUCAACAGAAUUAAAAGCAGGCAAUGAAUGUCCAAUCAUCGAUGAUCACUGGGUGAGAGGAAGAGUAAGGGCCGCAGUUGUGAAAAUGCCCAUGGAGUUGUGAAAGCUAAGUCAUACUCAGACAGAGAGAAGCAGGAGAAGAUGCCGGACAUUUCGCAAUGACUCGUUCUCUGGUUCUACGGAGCAGUAGUAGCAGCAGCAGCUCCUCCAUUGAAGAUGAAGGUGGAGAAGAGAGCCUUUUAGAGAAAAUUGGUUCUUAUCUUCGGAAAUCAGGUUUGGGAAUUAUCUCCAAACGCCAGAAGUUGCCAAAUUUUGAAAUGGAGCAUGGUCACGACAUACGAUGGAGAAAGGGAGAACUCAUCGGCUGUGGUGCAUACGGUCGAGUCUAUAUGGGUAUGGAUCUUGACACCGGCGAGCUUCUCGCCGUGAAACAGGUUUCAAUUGCAACAAAACAUGCUACUAAGGAUAAGGCCCAAGAAAAUAUAUUGGAGCUGGAAGAAGAAAUCAAGCUUCUGAAGAACCUCACCCAUCCGAACAUAGUGAAGUACUUGGGUACUGCAAGAAAUGCAGAAAGCUUGAAUAUUUUGUUGGAAUUUGUUCCUGGUGGAUCAAUUUCUUCUCUGCUUGGGAAAUUUGGUUCGUUCCCAGAGCCUGUCAUCAGAACAUACACAGAGCAGCUUUUGAAGGGGCUGGAGUAUCUCCACGGUAAUGGAAUCAUACACAGGGACAUAAAGGGGGCAAACAUCCUUGUUGAUAACAAAGGUUGCAUAAAACUUUCUGACUUUGGUGCAUCAAAGAAAGUUGUUGAGCUGGCAACUGCAUCUGGUACCGAGUUGAUAAAGGGUACCCCAUAUUGGAUGGCUCCAGAAGUCAUUCUCCAAACUGGGCAAAGCUUCUCUGCUGAUAUAUGGAGUGUUGGGUGCACUGUUAUAGAAAUGGCCACUGGAAAACCUCCCUGGAGUGAACAGUACGAAGAGGUUGCUGCCCUAUUCCACAUUGGGACAACAAAAUCACAUCCACCAAUUCCUGAACAUCUCUCUCUGGAGGCGAAAGAAUUUCUUCUGAAAUGUUUACACAAGGAACCUGACUUGAGGCCAGCUGCUUCAGAUUUACUGCAGCAUCCCUUUGUUAGUGAGAAAAAUCAUGCUCAAACCUUGUUUUCCGAUUCUGGAUCAGACCUCAAAAACUUUCCUAACUCAGAGGGAGAACCCAGGGCAACCUGCAAAGGUUUAAUGGGUGAUUAUAACAUCAGCAAUCUGAAACAGUCAACUACAUAUUCUGAGCAACUCAUUAAAUAUGGACCAACUUCAGAGGCAAGUAAUAGUGAUGACAAAUGUCAUAUUGGCAAUGAUGAUGAUUUUAAGGUGAAUCAAAUGCUAGGACCUGAAAAGGACUUAAUGCUGGACCCUUCUAAGCUUGAGUUUCCAGGGACUGAAGGAUUGAACUUCAAGGAUUGUGGCGGAUCAGCUAAUGGUUCAGCUGGUACCUUUGGAAUGCAUGCGGAAAGGAGUGAUGGUAUUCCAUUUCCUGGUGAGCCAACUGUGAGUGAGAAUGAUGAUGAUCCAGGUGGUGGUGUUGAUGAAGUUACAGAGUCAAAAAUUCAAGGAUUUCUGGAUGACAAAGCUCAGGAUUUGAAGAAGCUGCAGACACUGUUCUAUGAAGAGUUCCACAACAUGUUGAACUCUGCCGCAGACACCUCCACAGUUGAAGUUGAACAUGGAGAAGAUCCUAUCAAUGAUUCAAAGAUGCCUGUCAGAAGGUCAGCACCCAGCAGGUUUGCAAGUGGAGUAUCAACUCCUCACAGACAUUGUAAAACCAUAAGGCCCACCAGUUCCAGAAUGCAUAUUCCACACAGCAGCAGCAGUAGUGCUAACAAUAUUUUGAGAGAAACCCCGGAGUCUCUGCUUAAUCAAAGAUUUAGCUGUUCUGAGAGGGAGAAGAAGUGGAAAGAAGAGCUGGACCAAGAGCUUGAAAGACAUAGAGAGAUGAUGCGUCAUGCGGGGGUCAGCAGAAAAACAUCACUUUGUAAGGAUAGAGGUCUAAAAAGGUCAAGAGACCUAUCAUAAGUUGCGACCCAGACAGAUGAGAUGUACAAUUAUUUGUAGCUUAUUGUUCUCACACAUAACAUGCUCUCCCAUUUUCCUACCCCAAAGUGAGGUGUAGGUCAUAUGUAAUAUCCAUUGUUGUCAACAAAAAGAUCUUCUACAAUGAUAGUAAGUACUAAUCACGACAUGUGUUUGUAUUUCCUUGCAAGUAAUAUUCACUGUUUGCAUCUUCCCUCUCCAAAAA